UCCGGCGCACCAGUUGGUUCGCACUCAGAUUCUAAUAUUUUUCUGAUUAAAUGAUUAUGUUCUAAGUGAAGGAGCAAGCGCUAUAGGGUUCAUUGCUGUGCGUUUUAGGACGGUCUGGGUGUUUUUAGCAUCAUAAAACUUCUGUGCUUUUCCGGAGCAUAGUGAGCAAAACUAAGAAAGAAACAAGGAUCGCGUAGGUAAGGUUCAUAUCUUUCCAAGAUGGUCCUGAGAGUGAAAAUCCCAUACCUUCUGAAAUUGGACUCUUGCUUCUGUCUCUCCUUGAGAACAGGUUCCUUCCUAUUCGGAUGUAUUUCCUCGUUUUUUGCUCUGCAUUACGUCCUGGAGGCAUAUCCUGGGGCCAAAUUUACAUGCUGUGAACGGAAUUUCAUAAAUGAAAGUGGUAUAUUCAUGAUAUCGUCAUUGAUCGAAUUGCUAACCAGUGGCGGACCACUACUUAUAGGAGCAUAUGCGAAUAAAACUGGAUUGUUGAGGCUUUAUAUUAUCUUGAAUACCGUGAAAAUGAUCCUACUGAUUUGCAGUAUGAUUUUUUGGGUGAACGUUGCAAUGUUUAUGUACGAUGCCCCACUGAAUGAUGUCGCACGCGAUAGGUCACAUCAACACAGUUCUUUCAUCAGGGAAACUACUAUCUCUCACGUGAUGGUUUUCAUACUUGUUUGGUUCCAGACAUCGGUGGUGAGAAGUUAUUAUGAUCAAUUGAUGCAAAAAACUCAAUUGUUAAAAGGCUCUCCAAUUGGAGUCUGAUAUCAAUUACCGUCCAACCGCAACCAUAAUACCUACUAAUAAAAUAUUAUUUAUUUUAAACUGACCUACAAAAUCUGAUGAAUUCAGUUUUUACACAAAUAAACCAUUCAACACCUCUGACUACGAAGCUUA